CUGGAAGCCAUUUCUGAGGAUUUGAAGUGGUUGGUUCUGUUGGUGCCCAAAGCGCGAGAGCUUUACCACCUCGGGUGAUGAAACUCGUCCCCAAAAGCGCGAAUGCCGCAUGGCGCAUUCAAACCCGUUUUUUAAAACACUUUUUGAAGUUGCAUCUUCCAAAAUGUGCAAAGAAACGCAGAUCCAGUUGCGCGGAACACUCGUGGAACAUGGUGGAACUCUAGACAACCUAGCCGCUGCUCUCCCAUUGGAUAGCUCCAUCGGAACUUACGGUACACAUACUUGCCAGCUCCAAAAUUCCCUCACAAUGCACCUGGACAUCAGUCGACCAGUGGCGAGCAGAUACAGAAUUCAACUAGGCUGCCAGGUGUUCUCAAUCCUGGCAUGCGAGCUGUCUUCGGCUCAGUGAUACACGUACUGCUGCAGGGUAGAUCCUUUCCAGGUGCUCUCAGAUGCUCUCCGCCUCCGGAAAGAAGCUGAACCUUAAGAGUUUAAAAAAACUCGAAUGAACUCGAUCACCUUGAUGAGAAGCUUGGGGAAUGGAAGACGAUGGAAGCGAUGGAACGAGGCAGCCAUCGCGUCUUUGACAUUUUGAGAUAUUUUGAGUGUGGACAACGUGGAGUGGACUUGAUGCCGAAGAGUCACCAAGAAACUGAGAGAUGCGAAAUCCUUUGACUCAGCGGUGAAAUGAUAAGAACCUUGAGAAGGGCGGAACAGUCGCUGCCUUCCAGAACCCAAAAUGGA